AUGGCUUCGCUUCGGGUCCUUGCGUUUGAUCAUGAGGGUAGACCAGUUCAGUUUGACACGUGGCUUGACGACCUGCAGCUGUACCUAUUGAGUGAUUCUAAGGACAGUGUCUCGCUGUUUGACCUAGCGUCAGGAGCUGCUACUGCCCCUCUCGCCACAGCUGACAGUUCGACUCGCUCACAGUGGCUUACUCGCGACGCUGCUGCCCGCUUAGCCAUUCACAACCAGCUGCCAUUAGCUGAAUGCGCUCACUUCGGACAGCACAGGACAGCACAGGCGCUGUACGACGCUGUAGUCGCCCACUACUCCUCCCCUGCCACUGCUGCUCUAGGCCGUCUCUUUCUGCCCUACCUGUUCCGCGAGGUGUCCGCCUUUACCACAGUCGAGGACCUGGUUUCCCACCUUCGCGCUAGUGACGCUCGCUACCGCGCUGCCGUUCCUGCUGAGAUCUUUGACAGGAACCCGCCCCCGAUGUACAUCACUCUCUACUUUAUAGUCACCCGCCUCCCUGCCUCUCUUCGCUCUGUCAGGGACCACUUCCUCUCUCUUGACCCCACCUCCCUCACUGUUGACCUCCUCGAGCAGCAUCUCCUCGCAGCUAAGACUAGUGCAGUUGCUGUAGGUGCUGCUCGUGGCACUCCGCGCCCGCCCUUCUUUGAGGGGUGUUCCCCCUCCCCCCUUGCCCCCUCCUACGCCUCUGCUGCUGCUGCAGACGUCUCUGUUCCUGAGGACAUCGAGACUGCUUCUGCUAGUGCGAAGCGCCGCAGCAGCAAGGGCAAGGGUGGCCGGGGUGGUGGUGGUGGCAGCGGCGGUGGUGGAGGUGGCAGCGGGAGUGGUGGUGGGGGCAGUAGUGGAGGUGGUGGCGGCGGUGGGACUGUUAGUGGAAGUGGGGGCUCCGGUGGCGGUGGUGGAGGCAACAGUGGGAGUGGCGGCAGUGGAGGCGGUGGGACUGGUGGCUGUGGGACUGGAGCUCGGCGUGUCGGUUCUGGGGGUGGCCAGCAUCAGCAGCAGCAGCGUCGGGGCGAGACCCCGUCUCCCCAGCAGCUUCGUGAGUGGCUUCUGCGUGGGGCGUCUGGGGGUAUUGCCGCUGCUGCUCUAGGUGCUAGUGAGUCUGGUACUCUCCCUGGUACUGCGCCUGCUGAGGCCUUGCACACCUUCACGUUGGACUCAGGCGCCUCGCGCUGUUUCUUUCGUGACAGCACCACCCUCACUCCUCUUCCUGCACCUGUCCCGGUCUCUGCCUCCCCUGCCGCCCUCGCCUGCCCCGCCCUGCCUCCCUUGCGUCGAGGGGCGGCAGCGCGCCGCUCCUCACUCCUCCUCGUUUCCCCCGACGACUGCUCCCCUGCAAACUCUCCACAUGGACGUGUGGGGCCCAGCUCACGUCAGUGGACAGAGUCGUGA